ACAAGCGGCAUCGCCUUCUUAAGGCUUUUUUAGCAGUUGGGAGUGCAAUGGGAGGAGGGCGCAGCGUCCAAACGCCGAUGACGGCGACGAUGAUGAUCGCGUCCCUCUUGUUCCUUGGGGCCGCCGAAGCCGCUGUGGACUGCGCCACUGUGACAGCGCUCCUAUCGACGUGCUCCACCUUCAUAGCCUAUGGGACGCCGGACCCGUACCCGGGGACCCCUUGCUGCGACGCCAUGACCACCCUCAACAUGGUGGCAGAGCCCCUGGAGGACCGGCACGCGGUGUGCACGUGCAUCAUGGGCCUCAUUGACGCCUACAGCCCCAACGCCACCGCGAUCGCCACCCUCGCUGGGUUCUGCGGGGUCUCUCUUGGGUUCAGCAUCAGCCCCAACACCGACUGCAACUACUUGCAGAGUUGAGAGCGAUCGAGAAGCGAAGCUUGAAGAUAAAUGGAGGGCCUAAUAAAGAAAGGGCAUCUACCCUUCAUAUCAGCUUUAGGGAGGGCUGAGAAUAUGUACUCGACUCGACCGUUAUUCCCUAUAACCAUGAAAUAAAUGAGAGUUCCUUUGUAAUUGAAAUGUUCUUUUC